UCAAUUCCGCAUUCAUUCAACCAACAACACAAAACCAAAAGCCUUCACCUACCACUUUAUAAGACCCCCCUUCCCUUCUCUCUUAUUUUCUCCAAUCACUCUUCAUUCCCUCCACAAUCAUACGACACGACCAUUUCUUUCAUUUCAGUUUCUAAAGCCAAACCCUUUUAGUCAUGGCCGCUUCCACCAAGAGACAUUGUUUCUUUGAAGAGGAUGAUGGUUUGGUUUCCUUGGCUUACAUUGAGCCUGGACAUUCUGGCCACAGUCACUUCCAUUUCCAGCAUGGUUUUGUCUCUAGGACUCUGGGUUACGCCACUUUUUACAACCGCGGCGUCAGGGGCCAUUCAAUUUCUUCGCCAAGAUCUGGGAGAUUUUAUGAUGCCAGAUUUGAAGAUCAUCAACCCCACUUUCUUGAUGCUUGUUUUCUUUGCAAGAAGCCACUUGGCGACAAUAGAGACAUCUUCAUGUACAGAGGGGACACGCCUUUUUGUAGCGAAGAGUGUAGACAAGAACAAAUAGAGAUAGACGAAGCGAAGGAGAAGAAUAAGAAUCUUUCUUCUUCAAUGAAGGCUUUGAGAAAAAAGGAGCAAAGAAAAUCUGCUUCCCCAAACAAGGCCCAGGAUUACUCCUUUCGUACAGGGACGGUUGCUGCCGCUUAGUUGAGACUUGAAUUGAAAUAGGCUUAUAAGAGAGAACAGUGUAACUGCAGCGUUCUCGAAAAAAGGGGAAAAAGAAUGAACAAAAAAGAAAAGUAGAAGUGAAGUUUUUACUUUCUUUCCACGAAGAAGGGUCAAGAGAAACGAGAUCCCCCUCAAGAGAAAUUUUUGUUCAUGAAGCUGUAUAUGGUAAUACGUGUAGAGAAGUUCGUUGCUUGUGGGAUCCGCUCUGCGAAAUGGCUCAUUUUUCGGGUUUUUAUAUUAUAUAUAUAUAUCAAGGUUUUGGUUUUUUCCUUUUUUAUUUCAUGUGGAUGUUGUGGGGUCUAUAUUUUCAAAAGUUUUAACGAAGAAACUGAUACGAGCUUAUGCUGUAAUUUAUAAGCAUCAAUUGCUAUAUUUUUCUUCUUUUCUCUGAGAUU